CCAAAAUAGACUCCAGCAUUCGCACUCGCCUCUUUCUUAACACACCUUGGUUGCUUAAAGAGUUCUGAAGGUAUUGGUUUGGCGUAAUCCUUCGUGAUUCAGCGUUUGCGACCGCCGGAGUACCCACCUGGUUACUCUCUGUAAAAAAAAAAGUGAAAUCUCUUUGUUGCUUGAUUUAAGAGUUUUUAGCAUUUCUAUUUAUUUUCUUCAUUAAAAGCUGCAUCUUGCGUGUAUAACGACACGCAUCAGUAUAAUCCGAAAAAAAAAGAAACAUCUGAGUUAGUUCCUCUCUCUGUUUCGCCUGUCUAAAUAACGCGUUACCCCCUUUUUGCAACUCGAGUUUAUUUUUUCGCGUUCAGAAUUGAAUAUGCGUGUCUCGUUUGGUAAAUUCGGUAAGAAGCAAUCACUUUCUGGUUUCGUCUAUCGAGUUCUCUUUGUCCUUGUGUUCGUUUGUGCUUUGACAUGUGCUGAAGCAAAGAAGCAGAAUGAAGAUUCAUUUGCCGUUCGCUUUUAUCGGGAACGCUUGGACCCUCUAGGCUCCUCCGUUUGUUCACUUGCUGCCAGAGCAACAAAUUAUGUCGGUGAGUCAAAGGAUCGGUUGGUUCAUCACGCUUCUGAGUUUUAUGUUGGACAUGCAAAGCCCGUAGUGAGCUCAGCCAAGGCUCGUGUGCGUGAUUUCCACGAGACUCGCACUCUGCCGUUGUGGCACAAGUGCAAGGAAUCUGCUGUAAGAAACUACAAGGUUUAUUUCAGUGAGGAGAAACGUUUUCAGAAAAGCGUUGUACAUAUGUACAACACAGUCUGUCAGUUUUGUCAAAAUUAUCUGUUUCCUCAACUUCUGAAAGCUACACAUGCUGUGGAGUCGGUCACAUUGCGCAUUCUUGAUGUGUUGGCUGAGGUUUGGCGUGUUUAUAUACUGCCUAAGUACCUGGCUAUAAUGCCCGCAGUAAGUAGUGCCGUGCAAAAAAUCACGCAUUGCGUUUCUCACUACGUUAAGGAGCACGGUGUAAAGCUUUUUGCCAAUCCAUCUCGUAUUUUUCGCAAAGUGUUUUCCUUCCGACUUGUCCCACACAUUCAGAAUUGCUGGAGCACAUAUGUAUCGCCUCAGUUGGAACGUAUCUAUUUCAGCAUUGUGUCUCGUCAGGGUCCUGUUUCCUUAUCAAUGACGGGUACGACUACAGCAUUUGCAACGGCUUUAUCAUCUUCAGUCGCAGCUUCUGGAACAGCUCUUGCGGGUGGAUCAGGAAAAGAAAACCCAUUGCUGUCCUCUCCUGUUCCGCUCUCGGUAAAAUCAAUUAAUUCUAUGUCGUAUUCUGAGACAGUGUCUACCGUCAUCUACUCCACAACUACUUCCUCGCCUGCCGCCUCUCGUGUGAAUGAGCUUAUUGGUGACCUUACAGUUAAUUUUGUUUCUUUGGAAACUGAUCUCCAGCAGACUCUGUCUGUUCUUUUGACAGGCAUCCAAACGAAAUUCGAAAAUCUUCACAAACAUUAUUUCUCUGCAUUUGACAGAAGCAAGGAAGCAGCCAACAAACUCAUACAACAUUGCCAUACCCUCGAGUCUGGUGAUGAUAAUGAGAUUGACGUUGAAGUAGUACUUGAGUCAUUGAACGCUCUUGUCAACAAUCAAAUUAUGGAAAUCCAUAAUCAAAGCGCGUCUUUCCGUAAGGAUCUGACUCGCUGUUUUGCCGAGUUGGAAGGCACUAUUGAUGCUCUUGUCAACAAAACAAGCAUCAAGGUCGAACAAAUGUGGAAGGACUCAUUCGUUAACGCUGUUUUUGAUAGUGAAACACAGCAACACACGGUUCGUGCAUUGUUAAAUCACACACUUGAGCGCUUGUCUUCGAUUAAAACAACUCUUCUUAAUGACCAAGUCGCCAAAUUGAAAAAGGAACAGCGCAAUUACGAUUCCCGGUUUACUGUUGUUGUCGCUGACACGAUUAGGGAAUUGUUUAAAGAGCGGACAAAUACACGCAGCUCCAUUCUUGCGAAGCACAAACCAAAGCACACACAUGAUGUUGAGGUGUUGAGUGCACCUGAGGAAAUAAGUGAUGAAAGCUUAAAGAAGGAUAAUUCUGUGCAGCCCGAUGUACAACCGGAGUUGAUGAAUGUCAACAAUGAAGAUGAAAAAGUGACAUCUGAGGAUGCUGAGCUUGACGAUACUUAUCAUUUGUAUCAACGGAAUACCCAAACCGCAUCGGAAGAAUCCGAUGUUGUCAAUACCUCUUCUUCUCAUACCCCCUCGACUACUACUCUUUCUACCAUGAAGCAUAACGGCCUGUAGUGUUUUUGGGAUUGUGUGUUGUAAAAGUUGAAUACCCUUAUUCUAUUUUUUCGUUUUUUUUUUUGCUUUCUUAGCAAAUGCUAAGCAGCGUGCACGAACGAUAGAGCAUGCUGUAUGAAAAAUAAUGCAGGCUGUAUGGAACCAAAUGGAUGUUUGAUCAAUCUAUGGACUUCUUUAUGUGUUUGGAGAAAGAAGAAAAAUUCACUUUCGAAACUCGAGGUUUCGAAUUCUUGCCCGGUCAGAUGUCUUAAAGUGAUACUGGCACAGAAAGCAUCUUGUCGUCAACUGAAACUGGGUGUUUUUGUACUGCGAUCGGCCUGCCGCAGCUUUGAGAGGCUUUAAUCAAUCACUGUUAAUUACUCCUGGUUGCAACGGAGCUUGGUUAGACGGUUUCUCUAAUGUAUAUCUAAAGUUUGUUAUUUCAGUCUAGCAAAAUCCGGUGUUAGGAACAAGCGGUAGAUAGGUUGGAAUUCCGACUAAAGAGCACAUAAAAACUAAAAAAAACAUAUCCUCUUGUGAGAAUGAGGUACGCAUAAAUGGGUUCGCAAUAUUUUUGAUUACGGAAGCUACCUCGCUCUACUGCUUACUUUCUUCAUAUUCCUCUAACUACUAUCGCUCACCUCUCCUGCCACACGGAAGACCCAACACCACAAGUUGAUAAAAUCGCAGAUGACCUUUUGGUGGAAUAUGUACUGGCGAAUCACCUCAACACAUACACCAUAAGGUGGUUUCAUCAGCAAAAGACUGCACGACCAGCGGCUUACUCAGCUC